UGUGGCAGUGUUUUUCUGCCAGUUUUAGAUUAUGUAAUUUAUUUUUUCUGUGUUUUUGAAUUGUCGUUUAGUUGAUGUGUGCGAGCGAGAGGGAGAUGGAGAGCCCGGGCGAGGAAGCGGGACGGAGCGCCGCCCCCGCGACGAACGGGUCCAAUAAGAUCAUCGGUCGCAACGUGAAUGGAACCAUGGUUGUGACGUCCCGACCAUCCAACGAGGCUGAGCUGCAACUGUACCGCGUCAUGCAGCGUGCCAGUCUUCUGGCGUACUACGAUACGCUGCUCGAGAUGGGUGGUGAUGACGUCCAGCAACUUUGCGACGCCGGCGAAGAAGAGUUCCUCGAGAUCAUGGCGCUCGUUGGCAUGGCCUCCAAGCCCCUCCACGUUCGCCGUCUCCAAAAGGCCCUCCAAGAAUGGGUCAACAAUCCCGCCCUAUUCCAAAUCCCCAUUGUCCCUCUCUGUCCCACCGAAAACCCCUUCGUCUGCAACCAAAGAUUACUCAACAUGCCCACUUUACCUAGUCUACCACGUACAGUCAGCUCUCCUGAAAGCAGACCAAUGUACAGUCCUUCUCCAGGAGCACCAGAAAAUAGUUGUGGUAGCACAGCUUCCCAACCUAAUGCUAGUCCUGUCCAUACGAACAAUUUUACAAAAAUAGUCCUACCAUCGUCCCCUGCGGCAGCCCCUGUCACAACUACCGUCUCUAGAAGUUUCUCUCCUCAAUCCGCCUGUCCUCCUUCAGCUGGUUCUAGUCCAAGCUCAGUAACAUCCCCAGUCCAGUUAACACCAGUUUUACUAGACGUUCAUGUUCAAAAAUUAGCGGCUGCGGCAGAGAAGUUGAGCAAGAAUUUGCCUCAGUUAGAACCAAAGCCUCAGAACACGAAGAAGAAGAUGUGUAAAGACUUGGAGCUGGUGAUGAUGAUGCCGGAGGCGGAUCCGCGGAGGAUGGAGGAGAUAAGGAAGUACGCAGCGAUAUAUGGCAGGUUCGAUUGCAAGAGGAAACCGGAGAAGCCCUUAACGCUGCAUGAGGUGAUGGUAAACGAAGCGGCAGCUCAAAUGUGCCGCUGCGUCCCCGCGUUGCUGACGCGCCGUGACGAGCUGUUCCCUCUCGCGCGGCAACUAGUCCGAAGAGCUGGUCUCCAUUACUCUAAGCACGGCCUUCCUCCUACGGCGGCCGGCAACGAGGAGGCCGAAGAUGACGCGACCGCCGCUAAGCGGCCCCGCCAGGAUGGCGAGGAAGGUAACGGCAUCCGCGCCAGCCCUGACGCUGCACGGAGCAACUCAAACCACAGCUGGUGGGGCGUGAAGGCGGAGAGCGACGACGCGGACUCACGCUGUUCUUACUCAAGCACCAGUACACCACCACCGGACGCAGAAGAAAGACCACAAGUGGUAGCCGCACGAGGUGACAGCAUCAUAGCUGUAGCGAACCCGGCUCUCCAACCACCGCCACCACCUCACCCUGCGAGGAACCACUCCAACUGACAAUAAUCCUCAGGACCCCACUGCCGUGCAGAAAUCACGGUCUUAUCAUGAUCAGCCACAAUACGAGCGUUUACCACUGCGAACAAGUAGGCCGUGUAAAUUUUCAAUUCAAAUGCGAUACCUACUUUGUCAGGG